AUGAUGAAGACAAUUUUGAGUUUGGUUGUGAUGGCGGCGGUGUUGAUGGGAAUGGCGGCGGCCGUAAAUUACACGGUCGGAAGUCCAGACGGUGGAUGGGAUCAAUCCACCGAUCUUCAAACGUGGUCUACUUCCUUAUCAUUUGUCGAAGGAGAUAAUUUGAUUUUCGGAUACACUACCAACCACGACGUUACUGAAGUUUCCAGCUCAGAUUAUGAAUCCUGCACCGCCACCAACCCUCUUCAGCCGCCUCUCACCGGCGGCGCCGCCGUCGUACCCCUCACUUCCGCCGGCACCAGAUACUUCAUCUGCGGCACCGGCGGCCACUGCAUCAGCGGCAUGAAGCUCGCCAUCACCACCAUCGCCGCCUCCUCUCCACCGCCCCCAUCCACCACCCCCGCCCCGCCGCCAUCCAAAACUACGACUCCCUCGCCGGCGCCGCCACCAUCCAAAAGUACUACAGCUCCAUCUCCGCCGCCAAAGCACUCCAAGGCGGUGAUGCCUCCUCCUCCUCAGCCGUCAGCGUCGGCACCGAGUGGCUCCGCGCUGCCGCCUCCAACGCUGGCUCCGUCGGCGGCGGCGAAGGUGGGUUUGGUCGGCGGUUUAAUUGUGAUGGUUUUGUUGGUUCAUAUACUUUGAAAUUGA